CGCUUACAGAAGAUGCUGAAGGUGAGCAAGCUGAUGAUUGCGAUGUGCUCCGCUAUUAUACAAAUAUCUGCGCUAUGUGUGAGAUCUGGGAAUAUGAAAGAGAGACGACCUGUGCUGUUGCUGUGCGUGAGAGUGAUGAGUAUGAGGGGGGGGGAGAAGAAAGGUGGGCUAACUUGAUGGCACUGUCCUACCACGUUGAGGAGGAGAGUGCAGUUGGCGAUGGAGAGAGGGAAUAUGCCGCUGAUGAUGAAGGGGGGGGAGAAGAAAGGUGGGCUACCUUGAUGGCACUGUCCUACCAGGUUGAGGAGGAGAGCGCAGUUGGCGAUGGAGAGAGGGAAUAUGCCGCUGAUGGCGCAGGUGAGUGGGAGGUUAGGUAUGAGAGUGCAGUUGGCGAUGGGGAGGGGGAAUAUGCCACUGAUGACGCAGGUGAGUGGGAAGGGGAGUGGAGGCUAUUGGCAACGGUGGAAAUGGCGGAAGCGGCAGCGGCGACGGCAACAGUAACAACAAUAACAUCUACAACAACAAUAUUGGAGGUGGAGCAGGGGUCGACAGAGGAGAGGCAAGGAAUGGGCAGGUUUGGAGAGAAGGGUGGGAUGGUCGACAAAAACAAUGACAAUAACAACAAUGACAACCACAAUAAUAGCAACUUUAACAACGGCAGCGAGCGGCGAAUGGGCGAACUGGGUGAGAUAGGAGUGAAGGAGGAUAACAACAACAACAACAACAACAACAACAACAACAACAACAACAACAACAACAACAACGACGACGACGACAACGGCGGCGACACCAACGCGAUGGAGGAGAGGGGAGAGAACACCAAUGACAUGGAGGAAAGGGGAGAGAACACCAAUGACAUGGAGGAGAGGGGAGAGAACACCAAUGACAUGGAGGAGAGGGGAGAGAAUGCCGACAACAACGACAACAACUACAACAACAAAGUUGGCAAAGACAGCGAGAUGGUUGAGAUGGGAGAGGAUGUUGACAACAACAACAACAACAACAACGAUAGCAACGGCGGUGAGCAGGGACUGGGAAAAGGCUGGGGUGGGUGAGAUGGAUGCCACGGACAACA